AUGGACGCCUUUAAACUGUUGACUCGAUCAACUAAAUUGAAGUCUGCUACCACCCAGUCUUCGACUCUCCCGUCUACGGGAAAAGCAGCAAACCCGCAACUAUUCCGCGGUGCUGCAGCAGAGAAGCUCGAGAAGGGGAGUGGCAAGAAGAGAAAAAGGGCCCAUGCUGCAGAUGAUGAAGCAGUAGUCAAUGAGGAUGCGCUGAACCUGGAUUUCUUCAGCCAGGGCAGAAGCUCUAUUCCGAAGAGCUCGGAUGCCGCAACGACAAAGGGAUCUGGCGCGCCAGCAGGUCAGGAGGGAGCCUCUGAAUCGGACUCGGAUGCCGAUGACGAGCCAAUGGAUGAAGUUCAGCGCCGAACGAUUUUGAAUGCUCAUAAGAUCAAGGUCACUGAUAUGCGUGACUUAGAAGAGCUCGCACCCGCCCAGGUUCAAAGUGAAGAGCCAAAGAAGAAGAAGAAGCGCAAGCAGCAGGAGGAGGCAGAGAAGCAGCAGCCUCAGACUCUUAGUAAAAAGGAGCAGAAGAAGGCGCGGCGCUUGUUUCCGCAGCCCCUUGUGUCAUUCAAGGAGCUACGCUCGAAGUACAAAAUCUCGCGACGGCUGGCGGAGAAUAUUGCCGAGCAGGGAUUCACUGUUCCAACUGAGGUUCAGCUGGGGAGUCUUCCUUUGCUUUUGGGAAAUAGCGCAGUCCCGGGGGGGAGUUCUGAUUCUACGAGCGCCACUGAGCCGGAUCUUCUGGUGGUUGCACCAACUGGAAGCGGGAAAACGCUUUCCUUUAUGAUCCCUGUGAUCAAUAAGAUUGUUCGGCAUCACCAUACGCAUCCAGAAGAGCGUGGCAUCUUUGCCGUCGUUGUCGCCCCGACAAAGGAGCUCGCUAGCCAGAUUGUCAACGAGGGGAGGAAGCUGGCACUUGGAACAGGUGUAAAGGUAACGCUGAUGAAGAAGGGGAUGCGGGUAGUGGAACGUGAGAACGAAGAUGAAGAUGUCCUAGAUGAGAGUAAUUCAGAAUCAUCAGAAUCUGAGAGCGACGAAAGGACUCCCAACAACAAGAACAAGGGACCCGUUCCUAUUACCAAAAGUGACAUUCUUGUUUCAACACCCUUGCAACUAGUCAAUGCGCUCUCCGACAACAAGACGAAGCCUCUCGCAACCCUACCAUUGGUAAGGAACUUGGUUCUGGAUGAAGCCGAUGUCUUGUUAGAUCCCUUGUUUCGUGACCAGACAUUGGACAUCUGGCGCUCCUGCACUCAUCCAGAGCUCCGUGCCAGCCUUUGGUCCGCGACUAUGGGUUCUAGCAUCGAGGACAUGGCCAAGACAACGAUCAAAGAGCGAAAGCUGUCUUUGCCGCAAACCAAGUCAUACCCCCUACUUCGACUUGUCGUCGGCUUAAAAGACUCCGCUAUUCCGAAUAUUAAGCACAAGCUAGUCUACGCCGCCACAGAGCAAGGAAAGCUCCUCGGUCUCAGACAGCUCAUCCACCCCACAGCUGCGACAACAUCAGAUGUCCGUCUUCGACCACCCUUCCUUAUAUUCACACAGACAAUUCCUCGAGCUAUUGCGUUACAUUCUGAACUUCUUUACGACAUUCCUCCUGAGGCCGGUGGCUCUGCGCGAAUCGCAGUGCUUCAUUCGGACUUAUCGGAUACACAGAGAUCAGACAUCAUGAAAGGCUUCCGUAAAGGCGAGAUUUGGAUCCUUGUCACGACGGAUUUACUCGCCCGUGGUGUUGACUUCCGCGGUAUAAAUGGGGUUGUCAACUACGAUAUCCCUAAUUCCCCAGCUGUCUACGUUCACAGGGUUGGACGGACCGGGAGAGCUGGUCGCGAGGGUGGCGUCGCAGUGACCUACUACACAAAAGAGGACAUUCCUUAUGUCAAGAGCAUCGCCAACAUCAUCGAUGUCAGUGAAAAGCUACGAGGAGAAAACGGUGAACGAUCAGUGCAGAAAUGGCUACUAGAUGCAUUGCCAGAUCUCAGCAAGAAGAACAAGAAGGAAUUAAAGAAGCACGGCGUCAAGGCUAGGCAAACGGGUCUCAAGGGUGCCACGGAUGAAAAGGAGCAACGCCGGACGAGAAUCAGUACCAAGAGCGGGUUCGAUCGCCGAAAAGAAUACAACAAGAAGAUGAUGAUUGCCGCCAGCCAGAAGAAAACACAAGCCCGAAAGAACGGAGCUGAUUCCGACAGUGCUGGUGACGACGACGACGAAGACGGCUGGAACGGCUUAGAUGAUUAA